AUGACUACCAUCUGCCACUACCACCACCCACCACCCGCCUCCAUCACCCCUACCAUCACCCAUCACCACCGACCACCGACCCCCCGCCCCCAUCACCCCCACCCACUAUUAUUACCACCUCUCCCACCACCCACUACAACCACCACCCACCCAUCUUCACCACCCAUCACUAUCACCUACCCACCAUUCACCAUUAUGACCGCCAACCGCUACUACCACGAAUCAUCAACCACCACCCAUCACCACCAUCUGCUACCACCACCAUCCUUCACCACCCAUCACCACUACCACCUCCACCCACCUAUCAACACCACUCAUCACCAUCCAUCCAAAACCAUCAUCCUCACCCACCACCCACCAAGACUACCACCACCCAUCACCACACCUACCACCACAAUUUCAUGCAUCACCUACGAAAACCACAUACACUACCACUAUUACAUGUCACUGCCACCCCACCAGCAACCACUACCCACCCACCACCACCUGCUUCCACUACUCAUCACCACCACUUGCCACAACCACCAUCACCACCACCUGCCACCACCACCCACUAACCGUCGACCUCGACCACCACCUAUCACUACUACCCACCACCACCACUCACCCAUCCACCUACAACCUCCACCCAAUACCACCACCCACCUUCACCACUUAUUACCACCACCUGUCACCACCAUCACCACUACCCGCCACCCUCAUCUCCACCACCAACCACUACCCAACCAUAUCAUCACCACCUACCAUCAUCAUUACCCGCCGCCCACCACCACCACCACCAUAUACCAUUAA